UAUCUUAGUGGGGAAGAAAACGUCGGAUGUCACUCUGGGGAUAAAUUUCUAAUUGCCAGUGAUUAUAACAAUAUUUUCCUAAACAUUAAAGCCUCUAUGGAGGGUAGCUAGUUAUAAAAACAUUGUCUCGAAACUUUAAAAAUUGCAUUGGUGUACAUGAUAAUGUAACAACAUAAGCAAAAGAAAAAUUUAAAACAUUGUUUAAAGAAACAGUAAGGGAAGCAGCUGAUCCUUACGAAGGCACGAGGUUGCUUAUUAUGAAGCAUUUAUAGAGUCUGAUGCAUUUUCAAAGCUGGUUGCAAUCAUUACCACAGCAUACCCUUGUGAGGUAAGUGUAUUACCAUCUGUGGUUCAUAAAUGAAAAAGCUGAGGCACUGAAUGAUUAAGUCACUUGCCUAAGGAGAAUGAGUCAACGUCAAGAGUCAUAGUUGACCCAGCCUAACGACUCCUGACGGUCAGUCCAGGGCUUAGUCAGCGGGGGCCGGAGUGGCUUCCCUGGCUGGCACCUGGACUUGGGCUAUUUCCCUUCACGUCGAAGCAGAACAGUGCAAUCGAGAGGACAGAACUUCAAAUAAUUUUUACUUCCACGCAAGAUUUAGCCCUGAGAUUUUAAUCUCAGGAGUUGGAACACGAAAAGCUGUCGGGUGCACUCCCCCUCCCCCGAACUGUGGCAAGUGGUUACUGUGGGCGGUUCCGCCACUCCCUUUCGCAGUGAUGGCAAUGAGUGACCACCAGCGUUAGCGGAGCCGGGGGACGGGGGAGGGUCGAUUGCUUAACGAUUUUCCCUCGCCGCCUCUUUUUGGAACUAAGAGAAAAUGGUGGGAAGUCAAAAGAAAAUUAAAUAAACACACAGGCAACUUGUCCUAGGACCUCAACUAAGCAAAUGAAGCCUUAUUGUGCGUGUUGAGCCUACAGUUCCCAACCUUCCGAGGAAGAUGGGAGGACAGGGCGACAAAGGGCACAGGAGGCAUGCCUGGCAGUGAGUGCGACAGCAACUAUCCAGGCGGAAGAGCAGAGGACUGAAAGCCACCCGCCAGCACGCGAGUGUCCGCUGCGCCGAGAACCGCGCACGGUACCCACCGGCCACGUGACCAGUCUUUUUUUUUUUUUUUUAAACUUCCUAGCCUAAAAAAAAAGAGACAGGGAGAGCGAGCCACCGAGAGAGCGACUCCACUUCCCAGAAGCCUCUUGUUAAACACGCAGCCGCAGUCUUGCGCAGGCGCCGCCAGGGCCAAACGGACACGUCCGUCACGUGAACAGUAGCCGACCAAUCCGGUUUGAAUCUCAUUUUUUUCCUCUCACCCCCUCCCUUCAGGAGCGGUUGUGCGAUCAGAUCGAUCUAAGAUGGCGACUGUGGAACCGGAAACCACCCCUACUCCUAAUCCCCCGCCUACAGAAGAAGAGAAAACAGAAUCUAAUCAGGAGGUUGCUAACCCAGAACACUAUAUUAAACAUCCUUUACAAAACAGAUGGGCACUCUGGUUUUUUAAAAAUGAUAAAAGCAAAACUUGGCAAGCAAACCUUCGGCUGAUCUCUAAGUUUGAUACUGUUGAAGACUUUUGGGCUCUCUACAACCAUAUCCAGUUGUCUAGUAAUUUAAUGCCUGGCUGUGACUACUCACUUUUUAAGGAUGGUAUUGAGCCUAUGUGGGAAGAUGAGAAAAACAAACGAGGAGGACGAUGGCUAAUUACGUUGAACAAACAGCAGAGACGAAGUGACCUCGAUCGCUUUUGGCUAGAGACACUGCUGUGCCUUAUUGGAGAAUCUUUUGAUGACUACAGUGAUGAUGUAUGUGGAGCUGUUGUUAAUGUUAGAGCUAAGGGUGAUAAAAUAGCAAUAUGGACUACUGAAUGUGAAAACAGAGAUGCUGUUACACAUAUAGGGAGGGUAUACAAAGAAAGGUUAGGACUUCCUCCAAAGAUAGUGAUUGGUUAUCAGUCCCAUGCAGACACAGCUACUAAGAGCGGCUCCACCACUAAAAAUAGGUUUGUUGUUUAAGAAGACACCUUCUGAGUAUUCUCAUAGGAGACUGCGUAAAGCAAUCGAGAUUUGGGAGCUGAACCAAAGCCUCUUCAAAAGCAGAGUGGACUGCAUUUAAAUUUGAUUUCCAUCUAAAUGUUGCUAAGAUAUAAGAGAAGUCUCAUUCGCCUUUGUCUUGUACUUCUGUGUUUUUUUUUUUUUUUUUUUUUUAAUUUUGGCUAGAGUGUCCACUGUCCCAAUCAAAGAAUUACAGUACACAUCGCCCCCAGAAUCCGUAAGUGUAUUCCUGGCCCACUCUGUAUUAGCUUAGUAGAAUUAACCAUUACAGACACAUUUGACCCAUUCACAGUAUUUAAAAAAAGAAUUUGCAUUUCUAUACCUUCUAGGAGAUAGAUUCUUUUCAUGUUCCAUUGUAUGCAGGAGCAUAUUUUGCUGGUUUGAAAGAGUAUGAUGCAUACAGUUUUCUAGCAAUUUUCUUUGUUUCUUUUUACAGCAUUGUCUGUGCUGUACUCUUGCUGAUGGCUGCUAGAUUUUAAUUUAUUUGUUUCCCUACUUGAUAACAUUAGUGAUUCUGAUUUCAGUUUUUCAUUUGUUUUGCUUUUGUUUUUUUUUGCCUAAUGUAACAUUGGUGAAGGAUCCAGGAAUAUGACACAAAGGUGGAAUAAACAUUAAUUUUAUGCAUUCUUUGGUAAUAUUUUUGGUUUUUCGUAACUACAAAGCUUUGCUACAAAUUUAUGCAUUUCAUUCAAAUCAGUGAUCUAUGUUUGUGUGAUUUCCUAAACAUAAUUGUGGAUUAUAAAAAAAUGUAACAUCAUAAUUACAUUCCUAAUUAGAAUUAGUAUGUCUGUUUUUGUAUCUUUAUGCUGUAUUUUAACACUUUGUAUUACUUAGGUUAUUUUGCUUUGGUUAAAAAAUGGCUCAAGUAGAGAAGCGGUCCCAUUCACAUUAAGACAGUGUACAAAACUGUAAAUAAAAUGUGUACAGUGAAUUGUCUUUUA